GGCACGUUUUUACUCGCCCGGUAUUUUUUGUAUAUAAAUAAAAUAGAAAGGAAGAGUAAGUGCGCGCAAUGAAUACGCAAACUUCUUCCGUGAAGCUGAAGGAGCUGCGUUUACCGAUUUCAAGGGUAAAGACGAUUAUGAAAAGUUCGCCUAGCGUCGAUACCGUCGGCCAGGACGGUUUGUAUUUGGUCACGAAAGCCACGGAACUCUUCAUACAUUACCUAACAGAGGAAGCACACAUGCAAAGCAGCAAGGGGUCCUCUUUAGAUUACAAACAUCUAGCAGAAGUAGUACAGACUAAUGACAUGUUAGAGUUUCUGCGAGAAAUAAUGCCCAGGAAGAUCACGGUUCGACAAUUCAAGGAGAUGAUGGAAGCCAAAGAAGCAUCUAACAGUAGCAGUUCCUCUGAGAGCAGUUCUGACUCAGACAGCGACAGUGACUCUGACACAGACUCCUGUUCAGACAGCGAUGAAACGAAGGGAGAUAAUGGAAACUCGUCGAGCAGUGAACGAGAGAGUGAAACUAAGGAGAAUGGUGCUUGUCAUUCGGACAGUGACAAAAGUGAAAGCAGUGUGAAAAGUGAUAGUGAGGAGAAUAAUAAGAGAUGAAUUCAUAGAUUUCUGCUUCCAACAAACUUCAAUUAUUUAACAAAUUUGGUUUAUCUGGUGUUCUUUUUAUAAACUAUUGUAGAUCAAUAAGGUUUAUCUGGUAUUAAGAGUGUGCGUCUAUAUUGCAGUACAAACAAAUGCAGCCAAAGUGACACAAAAUUUAUAAUAGAUC